AUGAUAAUAGAUGGAAAUCAUCCUGAAUUUUUUCUUAUCCCAUUUAAGGAUUAUUUAGAUAAGAAAGGGAAAAGUAUUAUUCAAAAUGCAAUGAUCAACAAUUUGUAAAACAUCCAUCUGCUGAUAGAAGGAAAAUUAAUAUUAGAAAAUAAAAUAUUACAUGAGUAUCUCAAGUUUGUUCGGUGGACUGGAAAAUUCAGCUUCACUUGA